AAUUUGUUCUCUGGCUACAGUCUGCCAAGGCUGGAGAGAAGCCUGUGCCUGCAGCUGACUCGCUCCAGGAACGAUGCGCAUCCCAUCAUUCCUACCUCUCCCCCCGGAGAGCAACUGGGCUGCCUGUAUGCUCUCCCAGACUUUGUGCCAAGUGCUACUGUGGGCAGCUGUGCUAAAUCUUGUUGCUGGGACACAUGCGGAUCUCCCCAAGGCCGUGGUGAAACUUGAGCCCCCAUGGAUCCCAGUGCUCAAGGAGGACAGUGUGACAUUGAAGUGCGAAGGGACCCACAACCCUGGGAACUAUUCGACCCAGUGGCUCCACAAUGGGAGGUCCCUCCAGAGCCAGGUCCGGCCCAACUACACGUUUAAAGCCACAGUCAAUGACAGUGGAGAAUACCAGUGCAGACUGGAGCAGACCAUCCUCAGCGACCCUGUACAACUGGAAGUGAUUGCCGACUGGCUGCUGCUCCAGACCCCUCAACUGGUGUUUGAGGAAGGGGAAACCAUCAUCUUGAGGUGCCAUAGCUGGAGGAACAAACCCCUGAACAAGAUCACAUUAUACCAGAAUGGAAAAUCUGUGAAAUAUCGUCAGUCCAAUGGCAACUUCUCCAUCUCCAAAGCAAAUCACAGCCACAGCGGUGAUUACCACUGCACAGCAUUCCUAGGAAAGGGAAGACACAUGUCGAGGUCUGUGACCAUCACCGUCCAAGCCCCCAGAUCCAGCGGCGGCUCUGUACCAGUCUUGACCAUUGUAGCCGCCGUCACUGGAAUUGCUGUGGCAACCCUUGUUAUUAUCCUGGUAUCCUUGAUCUACAUCAAGCAAAAACAGGCUCCAGCUCUCCCAGGAAACCCUGAUCACAGGGAAAUGGGAGAUACCCUUCCCAAGGAAGUAGGUGAGUACAGCGUGCCCUCUGAGGGUUCAGUGCCGGGCAGCCCAGGGCCUCCAUGUGGACAGGAACCAGCAAGCAACAGCUAUUACAAUACUCCUGAUCUCAGAGAAGUUGCCAAAACUGAGGUUGAGAAUACAAUCACCUACUCACUUCUCAAGCAUCCCGAGGUUCCGGAUGAAGAUGCAGAAUCUGAUUACCAGAAACACAUUUAAUCUCCCUUGUCUUGACUUGGGACUGGAAAAAGCAAACCUUGCAGAAAGGCCAGGAUCCAGUAUCUCCUGGUCAAGAGGAUACUGGAGAUAUUAAGGAGGCUAUACACAGUCCCCUGUGCGAGUCCUGAAACCAACAGACACUAUGGUACUGGUCCCCAGUGGUUGAUUGUACUAAUAACUUCUAUGACUUACCACUUCCCAACUCAAGACUCUUCUGCCAUAGAUUCACAUGGUCAAUAAAAUUAGUCAAAUUACUGUCAUUAACAGAUUACUACAACAUGGGAGCUGCUUAUACUACAGGCUACAUGAGAACAAUUACAUUAGGAUACAUGAUCUCAGCAAUGAUAAAAUUGGGUUGUACCAACAUAUCAAAAGUCAUGCUUCAGGAUGAUGGAAUUAUAAGGGAUUUUAAUCUUCUUCCUUAUUUUCCUAUAAAGAUCACAUAUACUUUUAUACUAAAAUGCUGUAAAAAUAACAUCCUAUUUACUUUUUCAAGGUUGAGGUGAUUGGAGUGUAGACUAAGAUCUCUGGGGUUUGUUGGUCUUCUGUGAGAAUAAUCUUGGGGAGAUGGGGUAGCUUCUUCUGGGGAGCUGUAAGCAUCUCAGCAUAAGGGCACUCAUGACAAACCAAAGUAAUGAUUAUACCCAAGUCCAGUUUGGUGCGCCAAUGAGUUUAUUGGGCUUACUUAUGGGAACAUUGGUGAGCGGUUCCUUAGACGGGUGUGGGUGACCUUAAAACAGCGGUCUUAGCACAGAUGACAACUUCUUCACAGUUGCAUAGAUGGUGCCCCGCCCCCUUCAGUUAGUUAAUCUUCCUCAAACUGUCAUCCUCCUGCUGCCUUCAGAGCUCCACAGUGACAAGCAGGCCUUCACCACCCACCAUGCCUGGCCUGGUAGCAAUAGAUGGGAGGGAGCGGGAGCAGAGGCUCAGUGUUUCUCUCUUUCGGUGACUGUGAUGAGCAGAGUAAUCACUCUGUUUUGUAACACAAGUCCCCUGGAAGUUAAACUUCAAAUGAAUGCCAGUGGGCACUGGAGGAUGACCUUGAACUCCUGAUCCUCCUGCUUCUACCUCCUAACUGCUGGGAUUAUAGGCAUGUGCCACCACACAGAGCUGGUAUAUGUAUUUUAAAAAUUGGAUCACAUUGUAUGUUUCUGUAUGUUCACAAGAUCACUCAGGUAGAAAUUUAAGCAUGCUGUAACCACAUAAGUUCAGAGCACAGAGGUAUAAAAGAAAAAAAGCAGAAGUUCUCUGUUGUCCUCAUUCCCCUUAAAUUUGUUCUUGUUCUAUCUCUCUUCAAUCAUGAGUAACCACUGUUGCAGGUCUUAUGCACAUUUAGAGUUUUUCUAUGUAUAUUUAACAUAUUAGAGUUUUAGAAAGCCUAUGUAUGGGACCAUACUUUACACACGAUUAUGUUGUUGACUUAUUUUGUUUAACAAGAAGAUGGCUGGGACUUGCUUGGAUGUCAGCCUGGCUCCAGGCUCACUGAAAGACCCUGUCUCAAAGGACUAAGCAGAGAGAGAGAGAGAGAGAGAGAGAGAGAGAGAGAGAGAGAGAGAGAGAGAGAGAAUAGAAUGCCCGAUGGUUUCUUUGUACCUCUGCACACCGCACAUAGGCACACUUCCAUGUGUGUGCAUCCAACAGACACACAUAAUAAUAAUAAUAACCCUCUUUUGCACAGUGGUGGCAUACAUCUUUAAUCCCAGCACUCUGGAGACAGAGACAGGUGGAUCUCUGUGAGUUUGACGCCAGCCUGGUUCAUAAAGAGACUUCCAGGACAGCCAGGGCUACACAGAGAAACUGAAACUCUCUCCAUAAUUUCUGCUUUGAAAUCCCUGAUAACGAAGACACCUUACAUGGACCUUGGUGGUUCAGUGCAAACACAUGAGACAGAUAAGGUCAUCUGACACCAGGGAGAAUGCAUCGAGAAGCUCUUGUAUCCCUAAUUUGAACCUUUAAGAAAAGCCUUGCAUGCCCCAUGAAUCUAGUGAGUUCUUUUUCACAUCCUCUUUAGCAAGGCCUCUCCUAACCACUGCUAUUACUUUGUUUUUACUUUCUCCAUGGUACAGUAUGGGUGACUAUGUAUCUUCUUGUUUAUAUAUUCUCAUGUACACUAAAAUGUAAGCUUAAUACAGUCCUGUUUUCAUUAUUUACUAAUGCACUCCAGAGACUAAGACAAUGAAACAGAUUGUUGAAUCAAUUCAUAAAUAAAUCUUUCUUCUCAUAA